ACUUCGACACUUAUUUGUAUUUUUUACGCAAAUACAUAAUUUACACAAAAAUUAGGAAAAUUAUUAACACUCUAAGCAUUUGCGAAUGCCGGCGAAUUUGAAAAAAAGCCGCAAGCUAUACAAGUAUCCACCAAAAAAAUAUGAACUUUGAUCGAUUUGGAUUUUAAUGCUAAAAUUCUACUGAUUGCAAACGGAACGGGGCCAGCAAUAAUUAAGUGUACAAGCGGCCACUUUAAAAGAAAAUCGUUUCGUUUCCUUCUCGUUUCCUCUACCGCUCCACAGCUGCGUAAAUAAAAGAAAAGUCAAAAGAAAACUCUUGAAUAAAAAACAACAGUAUCGGCAGAAGCAGAAGCAACAAUAGCAACCACUGCGACAACGGUAGCAGCAGCAACUGCAGCAGCAUGCUCAACUCCAAUGCCAGCAGCAGCAGCAGCAACAACAACAACAACCAGAGCAACAAUCAUGGGGGCAGCAGUCGUCGUCCCUUUUCCCGCAAUUCCUCAUCGGUCCGCUCGCAUCGUGGCGGUAACGGCGGCGCUGGAGGCGGAGGAUUAGGCGGUCGCAUGCUUUACUCCCCGCAUCCACACCCACAUCCGCAUGCCCAGCAGCAACAUGCGCAGCAGCAGCAGCAACAACAGCGCUCAAACAACAACAAUGCCGUUUUACCUGGCCACAGUCCUUGGAGCAAUGUCAAUUUGAACAACAACAGUGGCAGCAACAACAACAAUGUUAAUAACAAAGAUGCUAUCGAUGGCAGAAAUUCAAAUUGCGAUGUACAAACAAGUAAUUCUAGCGGAACUUGUAUUUAUAACAAUAAUAGCAAAGCGCAUCAUCAUCACAACAACAGCAACAACAAUGGUCACACUCAGAGCCACAGUCACACUAAUCAUCCCCAUUCCCCCCACCCACAUCCAUCACAUCCUCCUCCAAUGCACCACCCACCACCACACAGCAGUGUUCAUUCGAAUAGCAGCCAUCCUCCAAACAGCCAGCAGCGUCCUCCGCAGCAGCAGCCUUAUAUUAGUAGUACUUCCCCGCCGAAUCACGGCCAGAGCUCGUACCCCAGCUACUAUGAGAUGUGUCCACAGACCCACACCUAUGGUUCCAUGUCCGUUUCCCUGGUGAGACUGAAUCCCGCCCGCUUGUGCCUCACGCUAGCACCCGCCAAUCCCCUCGCCCACUCCCAUUCCCUAGUGACCUUCAGUCCUAUUCCAAAUCCUUUGCCCCAUCCCCAUUUACAUUCCCAUCCCAGUUCAGGGGACCAGAGCCAUUUCCAUCUGGCGCCGCAUAGUAGUCAAAACCAUCCAUCCGCAUCCGCAUCCCGGCGCCAGUUUCAUCCGCCACACCAGUACCAUCCAUUGCAUAACCCACAGCAACAACAACAACAGACUAAUCGCCAAUCCCUCCCGCUAACACGAACGAAUUCAAAUUCAGCCAACAACCAAGCAACAACUCUCAAUCCAACCAAUCCAACAACAAAUAGUAAUCCUACUGAUGUUGUGAAUGUAAAUUCUUGUACCGAUAUAAUUCCUCAUGGGUCUUCGUUUGCGUCUGCGUCGUCGAUGAUGCCCCAACAACAACCACAUCAAAUUAAUAACGCAUCCGCACCCAUCAAUAGCCACAGCCAGGGACAACAGGGACCAGGAAACUCCGCCAAUCUUGGCCACAAUGGCCACCAGCAGCAGCAGCAGCGCGGUGGCUACAACAAUAACAGUCGGAAUGGAAUCGGUAAUAAUGGUAACGCCAACGGAGGUGGACCACCGGACUAUAUGAAUUAUCGACGAGGCGGUGGUAUUUGUCCGGCUCUGACGAGGGACUACUCCGGCAAUGGCAACGGACACGGUCAUAAUGGACGCCGACACAUGUCCGACAAUCACCUAAACAAUGCCUCCGCGUCCAUAAACGGUCACAACAACUCUGGACACCACCAGCGCAACUACAACGACAGGAAUUUGAAUAAUCACUUUGGAAACUCAGAUCAGGGCGGACCAGACCACCGAGAUCGAACUGACACCUCGUACAACUUCAUGCGAAAUGGAGGCGGCAGCGGUGGCUACGGACGCAACGGAUCCCAUUACCAGCACAUGGGGUAUAAUAACAACAAUGGUGGUGCCUCUACAUCCUCCGGUGGCCCCGGCUUAAUGGGAGAACUUCCAUCGGGAUCUGGAUUGUCGGGCUCCUCGCUGUCACUUAACAACGGUCCCAACGGUGGACUCAACUCGGACAGUCCGUCGCGCAAGCGUCGCCGCAUCUCUGGCAGGCCCCAGAACGGUCCGCCACCCCAGCACCGAUGUCUUAUGACUCAGAUGCAGCAGGGCAGUCCGCCGCUGCGUCGUCCGCGACUGCGCGACGUAACUACCUCCACACACCAGCAGUACGGUCCGCCGGCGCAUCCGCAUGCGCAACAGCAGCCGCCUUCAAACUAUCAUCAAAUGCACCAUCACCAGCAGCAGACACACUAUGGUCCCCAGCAUCAACAAGUGCCGCCGCCACAUGCUCAGCGCUCGCCUUGGGAUCUGGGCAACAGUGGAGGAAGCGCUGGAGGAGCACCCACCAGUAGCACGGUGGGCCCAAUUUUGCAGCAGGUGCCAACAGCGCCGCAGCCACCGCCAACUCACCAGCAGGCGGUUGGUGUGGGAUAUCCACCGGCGCCACCGCCACCCGCAUCACUGAUGGUCGACCUUAACCUUAACCAGGUGCCCGUCAGCCUGCAGCUACGUCCCUCAGAACCCUUCUGGGCCUCCUUCUGCACGUAUCCGAUACCGGCGCAGGCCCGUCUGGCGCCCUGCCACCUGCACGGCGUCUACACGCAACCCUUUGCCGCUGCCCCACCACCAGGACUUGCGGCUCCACCGCCGUUGCAAGUGACACCGGUUCCGUCGCAGGCACAAAUGGCAGCCGCUGCAGCUGCCGCACAGCAGAUGCUGGCUCAGGCCCAGUUGAGCGCCCACCAGGAUCAACGGGACGUGGCCACUAUUGCGGUGGCCAAUUUGGGACCCAUCGCACCACCGGGCGCACACCACUUGGACGGACAUCACGGCCCUGGCGGUGGUCCGCCAACUGGUCCCCAUGGCCAUCCGCACGCUCAUCCUCAUGCCCAUCCGCAUGCUCACCAGCUGCCACCGGGCAUUCACAUCACUCCGUUGAGCGGAGCGGCGGCUGCGGCCGCCACACACCACCUACAUUCCACGGCGGCUGCUGCAGCGGCCGUCGCCGCCCAGGCAACCGCACAGAUGUCCACCGGGCCACAGCAGAUUAUCAUCUCGUCGGAUCGACGCACAUUCCCGCCCCACCGACGCAUCCCGCGCUUCUGGCCGGCGAACCACGGUCAUCGUCACGUCCUGCCGCCGCAAUCGCUUGCCGCCCACCAAGCCCCGGUGCAGAUCCAGGCCACCUCGAGCAUCAUUAACCCGGGCUUCCUGCUCAACUUCCUGGCCAUGUUCCCUCUAUCGCCUUACAACCAACACGAUCUGAGCUCCGGCGACACCAAUGAGACGGAGAACUAUGAGGCGUUGCUUAGUCUGGCCGAGCGAUUGGGCGAAGCGAAGCCAAGGGGACUUACCCGCAAUGAAAUUGAUCAGCUGCCCAGCUACAAAUACAAUCCGGAUGUGCACAACGGCGAUCAAUCCUCGUGUGUGGUGUGCAUGUGCGAUUUUGAGUUGCGCCAGCUGCUACGAGUACUGCCCUGCUCCCACGAAUUCCAUGCCAAGUGCGUGGACAAAUGGCUGCGCUCAAAUCGCACCUGUCCAAUUUGCCGUGGCAAUGCCUCAGACUACUUUGAUUGCUCCGAACAGCAGCAUGCGGCGCAGGCGCAGGCUCAGGCAACGGCCGUAGCCGAAUCCGUUUUAAGCAGUGACGAAAGCAGCGGCGAGGUGGCAGGAACCUCUGCAUCAGCAGCAGCAGCAGCUACCGCCAAUCCCCAGCAGAGCCAAGCGGCCUAAGCGCCUUAGUAACGCAUUAGCAAUUCCACAUAGCUGCAGCUUUGGCUUUUCCUGUUGAACGACAAGUGGACGAGGUAUGGGAGUCUUUGGGAAGAGCCCAGCUUGCGGCCAACCCACCAUCAUCAACCGCGCAACGAAUCCAACUGCCAAACCGUCGAUGCUUCCCCUUCAGCUAUAUUUAAGCGCCAACAUUCUGGCGCGAGCCUGACUCAUUCUGCACCUCGGCCACGCCGUUGCACAUCUCGCAGCAGUCAGCUUCUUCAAUAGCUUGUCGAUACCUUAGUUUGUAUGUGAGUAACUAGGAUCAACCCAUAUAGGCAUACCACCAAGAAUUUGACUUAGGGAUAUCCUUAUAUAUUAAUAUAUUUGCGUGUAUUAAAGCCGAAUGAGUAACAAGUGUCUGUCUGUAUAUAUGCCAAGAUUUGCACAAAAUUCAUUAUAGAUUUCUUUUGUCCCUUCUUCCCACUCGAGGAUAUCCUAAAUAUCCGUUAAAAAAACUAUAUACGAACAAACAAAUAUGUAAUCUUAUGCUUGGAGUCGGUCUCCCAAGGAUCACUUAUUGAUAAUUUGUGGGGAGUUCAGGAAUUAUUAGUCUCCAAGAAACGAAUAAAUUAAUGGACUUUGGGAGGCCGGUGCCAAAAAAGGAAAUGGUGUAUCUUGAAUUGUUGCUGUCCACACACGCCUAUACCUAUGAAUAACUCAAAAUUAAAUACAGUAAAUACCACAAAAUGGAAUAUGUAUAUGUAUACUUAGAUUUGAAACUUGGAUUUAUGUUUAGUGUUUUUUGCUUUUGAGUUGAGCUUGCAUAUUUGCUGCUUCCUCUCGUUCUUUAUUGUAAUUACUACUAUUAUGAUUAGUUUCUUUUUGUAACCACGUACUAUAUUUAUCCUAAUAGAACAUAUACAUACAUAAAAACAA